GAAGUGCGGCAGCAGCCUCGGCCUUGGCCGCCAUCUCGGCAGCAUGCUCGGAAGCGGUCGAAGCAACCAGCUCCUCGAGCUCGGCUACACGGGUAGGAUCCUCGCCCUUCACAUGCUCCGCGCGUGCCAGUGCAGCACGGAGCUCAGCGUUGGAGGCAUUGGCAGAGCGGAGCUGUUCCUGAGUCUGCUCGAGCUUGAGCUGGGUGUUGGCCAGCUUGUCAAGCGUACCCAUCAUGGCGUCAAGGCCUUCCGAGACCAUCGACGACAACUCGCCCGGCUUGGCAGAAGCUCGGAGCGAAGCGGCCAUCGAGUGCGGGGCUGGCUCGCCGAGCUGCUUCUCGUACGACGCAAUGAGCUUGGCUUGCUCGUCCAGGCGGCUCCGUAGCGCAGUGAGAUCCUCCACGUGUGGUGCGUCCGAAUCGUGCAACGCGUCCUCUGCAGCCAGACGGGCCUCCUUGGCCGCAAGCAUAGCUUCGAGCGACGUAACUUGUUGCUCAAGCUCAGCAAGACGGCCGACGUCACGCGAGACCGAUGACACCUCGGCAGCAGCUGCGCGAGCCUCAGCCACAGCCAGUCGAGAAGCCGCAGACUCGGCAGUCUGCGCCGAGCCAAGUGCUUCAGCACGGGCUGCUGCCAGCUCGUCCUGGAGAAUCUCAAUUUGGUCGUGGGCCUGGGAUGCUUCGACGGCGAGUGCGGCAGCCUUGGCCUCGAUGCUGUUGCGCUCAGCCUCUAGCGAAGCAGCACGAUCGCGAAGUGCCUGAACUUGUUCGUCAGGGACCACAGGAACCGCCGGCGGUGACGGGCGUGCAAACAUGUCAGCCUUGGCCUCGGCUGCCUCCAGCUCAGCGCGGAGGCGGUCGUUGCGGGCCUGCAGCGCACCCAUCUCGGUAAGUGCUGCUUCGAGCUGGGAGUGGAGUGACGGAUCAUCAGCCACGGCACCGUC